GGAUUAUCCUCAUUAUAUUUCUAUCCGUGCGUAAAAGAGCGACUCAUCAUACAUAUGCCGCAGCAUACUGCUCACGUUGAAGUGUACAGCAUAUCGCAAACGACGAAAAGACAAAAAAAGGGAGACGCAUUAUUUUCCUUUUUUGAUAUACCCUUUAAAAUACCGAGAAACAUAGCCAAAACUUUUGAGAUGACGGGUCCAGGACCCGGUCUUAGACGUUCGCUGUUCAGACCUUCUCGCAGCAACCCCAGCAGCCCUAAACAAACACCCGCAGUUAUUAUCAACCCUCGCCAUACCGAAUAAGAGAGACAUACCUCAAAGCCAGCUGCUUUCUAUAAACCGUAUCAGCAAUGCAAGACUUCAAAGGAGGGACCAUACAAUGACUUACCUCGUCGGAAGCACAGACAGGCUUCUCCUGCUGACACAAGGAGACGCACAUAUCCUG